GUUGUUUUGGGAGGCGGCCGUAAACAUUCCAUAAGAACUCCGGAAUAAUACAUACAUAUAGGAAUAAAGAUGAAUAAUGAAAACCCGAAUAUAGUAUUUAACCCUCUAAUAAGCUGCAUCCAGAAAGUGGUGCUCUAUGAGACUCGAACACGCCUGUAUUUGGUGGGCAGUAACAACCGAGAGACGCGGUUCCGGCUGCUAUCCAUCGACCGAUUAGCGCCCAACCGACUGAGCAUCGAAGAAAACGCCAAUGAAUUCAAUAGCUUAGAGAUCAGACGCUUUGUGGCCUCUCUGUCUGGAUCGCCAAAGGUAACAUCUGCCUAUGGAGUCUUGGGAUUUGUACGCUUUCUGGAAGGCUAUUACCUUUUGCUGGUUACUAAGCGAAAGUGUUGUGCCCACAUUGGCCGUCACUUGGUGUACACCAUAAAGGAUACUGUAAUGGUUCGUGUAAAUGAGGUUACAACCCAGCGGACGCCACAUCCUCAUGAAGACCGCUAUAGGCGUAUGUUCCAAAACAUAGAUCUGCGGAGUAACUUCUACUUCUCGUACUCAUAUGAUCUCACUCGAACUCUUCAGUAUAAUGAGUCAGCUCCUCGAUUUGUCGGGGCCAAGGUGGAUCUGGACCAUGAUGAGCCUCUUCCCGAUUGGAAUAAGCUUACCAAUAAUGUGGCCCAGGCUCACGAGCGUGUGGACUAUGCUUUUCGCAGUGAUUCCCGAAAGCGGUUUGUGUGGAACGCGUACCUGCUGCAGCCGAUGGAAGGCAUUAUGUUAAAGGACUGGCUAUUGGAGGUGACUCACGGCUUUGUAAGCCAGUCUUGCAUUAGCAUCUUCGGUAGAAAUGUGAACGUUUGCCUGAUAGCAAGACGAAGCUCUCGAUUUGCUGGAACUCGAUUUCUUAAGCGCGGUGCCAACUUCCAAGGUGAUGUGGCUAACGAGGUGGAGACGGAGCAGAUCGUCAGUGAUGGGCAGCGACUAUGCGCAUUUACACAGAUGCGGGGCUCCAUACCAUCCCAUUGGUCACAAGAUAUCAGCAAAAUGGUUCCAAAACCGCAAAUCCAGCUAGAUAUUUGCGAUCCGUACGCCCAAACUCCGUCGCGUCACUUUGAACGUCUGCUCUUCCAUUAUGGUGCACCGCUGAUUAUGCUGAAUCUUGUAAAGAAGAACGAAAGGCGAAAACAUGAAUCUAUUAUAUCCAAGGAGCUGAAGACCAGCAUUCGGUACCUUAACCAGUUUCUGCCACCGGCGCACCGUAUGAAGCACAUACAUUUCGAUAUGGCGCGUCAGAGUCGCCAAAGUGGCGGUAAUGUCAUGGAACAGCUGGCGAUUCACGCCGAGAACAUUGUCCAGAUGACAGGAAUGUUUUUCAAAGCCCCGGGCAGUGAUCUCAGCCUCCAGACUGGGAUCGUGCGUACAAACUGUGUUGAUUGUCUGGAUCGCACCAAUUCGGCUCAGUUUGCCAUUGGAAAGUGUGCUUUGGGUCAUCAGUUGGAGCGACUGGGCUUUGUCAAGUCCGCAAAGCUGGAAUUCGACUCGGACUGCGUGACAAUGUUGGAGAAUUUGUACGAAGAGCAUGGAGAUACCCUGGCCCUACAGUACGGUGGCUCCCAGCUGGUGCAUCGUAUCAAAACCUACCGGAAGACGGCGCCAUGGGGAUCCCAAGGCAACGACGUGAUGCAAACUCUUAGCCGUUACUACAGCAAUACUUUCAGCGACACUGAGAAGCAGCAUAGUAUAAACCUUUUUCUAGGCAUCUACAAACCCAGCUUAAUGAGAAAGGGACAACCCAUUUGGGAGCUGCAAACGGACUACGACAUGCAUAAUGCCUUCCCUCCCAGCACAGAUAGCAAGCCAUUAACCGACUGGGUUCGCCAUAAAGUGCGGGAAUGUUUGCCAUAUUCUUGCGCUGAUUCUAACAAGCUGGUCAAGGAGCUUUUUCGGGUGCACAGCGCUGGUCUCGAGAUGAUCGAUGCCUACUCAAACUAUCAUCAGUCUUUCAAGUGGACGGACUUUAGCGAGCACAUCGGCUUCGAGAUCAGCCAGUUGGCCAUGCGCUACAUGCCCACAUUCCGCACGAACUACAGUCCGUUCCAGCGCCAAGUCCAGACCUCAAGGAAGGCUCGCCAAAAUCCCUCUAUGACUGGCCGCAGUUCCUCAGGAUCUCUAAACAGCAACUCAUCGAGCUCUAGCGAGGGAGACGACAGCUCUAGUGAAGAGGAAUUAAGCGCUAGCUUUGCAGAGAAAGAGGCCAACAAUACAGAGUCCACAGAGCCCGCGAAGUUUACGCUUGCCUCCAUGCUCCCCUCCAUGGAGCAGGUCUAUGGCUGCACCAUCAGUCAGCCAUCGAAACAAAGCAUGGCCAUCUACAGGAAGUACGUUCAGAUGGGCAAAUUAUCCAGCGGUGGAGCUCAUCCCGCCCAGACCGCUGUUGCACAGCGAGACCAGGAAAUGGCCAAGAUCAUGCGAGGUAUUACCUUACGCCCGCUUAGCGAUUACGGCACGGACUCAUACCUGAGCGUGCGUCCGCCAGUAGUUCCCCGCCAAAGCUUGAUUAUCUAUGCGGAGUACUGUCGUACUCAUAGAACCUUCAACGCAGUGCCCAAGUUGGAGGAGUUUGAUGUGCUCUACCAAUAUGUGCAAAAGCUCUAGCUUGGAAAAUGAAUAUU